UUUUUUUUUUUUUGAGAGAGAGAGCGAGAUUUGAAAAACGUUUUCGAAAGUGCCGAGUCGCGAAUAGUGUGGGAGCGAAAUGCUAUUGAUAUUGCGAGUAAGCCAAACAAAUUGAAAGCAAUGUUAUGGUUACUAUUUGUUAAAUACAAGUCGAAAGAUAAACAUAGUCCAGCUUUACGAUACGCCAAAAUAUUUACGACGACUGGUCCCAAAACGGCGAUAAUAAAGAAAAAAACUAAUUAAAAUUCAAAGCAUUUAAAAGUCAAAACUCAAAAAUGGCAGUUAUGCGAUUUGAGGGCAAAUAAUGCAGCUGUCUGGCAUUAAGGAGGCCAACAGUAGCAUCAUUAGCACCAUCACACAAAGCAUCAGCGAGCGAUUUGCAAGGAAAUCGCCAACAGCCGCCAGGACAAGGAAAUUUGGCAGGCCAUUCAUGUCCAUGCUGGAACAGAUGCCAUACGGCAAUCUGACAGUUAGCGAAGAGCGACUGUACAGCAACAGCAACAACAACAACACCACCACCACCAACAACAGCAACAACAACAUCAUGUCAUCAGCAACAGCAACAACAACAACAACAGAAGCAACAGCAGCAACCACAUCAGUCACAUCUGCAGUCACAAUUUCGUCACUUUCGACAGCUGGCGCCUCAUCGCUAAACGAUUCGAAUGUCAUCAAUCGGCUGGCGGAUGUCACAAUUGGCACACAUUUUGAGCCAAGCAGCGCAAUGUCAGCAAAUGUCAGCGUGGAUCCAGCCGCCAGUUCGCCCUGGAACAUCACCUAUGUCUCCGUCUCGGCCACCAGCUACAACAACUGUUCCGCCCUGUUUGCCAACUACACCCAACCGCAAGCAGGCAUUUAUUGCAACUGGACUUGGGACUCGCUGCUCUGUUGGCCACCAACGCCGGCCGGCGUGCUCGCCCGCAUGAAUUGCCCCGCUGGCUAUCACGGUGUGGAUCCACGCAAGUUUGCCAACCGCAAGUGCGAGCUUGAUGGUCAUUGGGGUGGCCGACCCAACGAGACUGAACCAAAUCCCGCUGGCUGGACCGAUUAUGGACCCUGCUACAAGCCCGAGGUCAUACGACUCAUGCAGGAGAUUAAGGAUGUGAAUCUUUAUAUGGAUAUUGCGCAGCGAACACGCACUCUGGAGAUUAUCGGACUAUGUCUGUCCCUAUUGGCAUUGAUCAUAUCGCUGGUAAUCUUUUGCGCAUUUCGAUCGCUGCGCAACAAUCGCACCAAGAUACACAAGAACCUCUUCAUUGCCAUGGUGCUGCAGGUGAUUGUGCGACUGACCCUCUACCUAGAUCAGUUUCGACGUGGCAAACCGGAGGCGGCGACCAAUGCGAGUCUUUCGGUUAUUGAAAACACGCCGUAUCUGUGUGAAGCAUCCUAUGUGCUGUUGGAAUACGCACGAACCGCGAUGUUUAUGUGGAUGUUCAUUGAGGGACUCUACUUGCAUAACAUGAUCACUGUCGCCGUAUUCCAGGGCAGUUUUCCGCUCAUCAUCUUCUCGCUGCUGGGCUGGGGAAUGCCAGUGGUAAUGACCACCGUCUGGGUGCAGUGCACGGCCAUCUUCAUGGACACAUCGCUGGGCGAUUGCAUGUGGAACUACAAUCUGACACCGUACUAUUGGAUACUGGAGGGACCACGGCUGACCGUCAUAUUGCUGAACUUCUUCUUUCUGGUGAACAUAAUACGCGUGCUUGUGGUGAAGCUGCGUCAGUCGCAGGCCAGCGACAUCGAGCAGACACGCAAAGCGGUGAGAGCGGCAAUUGUGCUGCUGCCGCUGCUGGGCAUAACGAAUCUGUUGCAUUUGGUGCCGGCACUGAAAACGGCUUGGAAAUUCGCUGUGUGGAGCUAUGUGACACAUUUCCUAACAUCGUUCCAGGGCUUCUUCAUAGCGCUCAUCUAUUGUUUCCUCAAUGGCGAGGUGCGCACUGUGCUGUUGAAGAGCCUGGCCGUGUGGAUGUCGGUGCGUGGCCAUCCCGAGUGGGUGCCAAAGCGUGCCUCGAUGUAUUCGGGUGCCUACAACACCGCCCCCGAUACCGAUGCACUGCAGCAGCCAGGCGAUGCUCCGCCGCCAGCAACAACUGCAUCAGCUGGCAAGCGUGUGUCGCCGCCGAACAAACGCUUGAAUUGCCGCAAGGCCAGCAGCGUGAGCAUUGUCAUCGCCAAGGAGCCGCAACGUCAGCGGCUUGUGCAACAGCAACAGCAGCAACAGCAGCAGCGUAACAACAACAAUUCGCGCAACAUAAUGCCAGACGAUGAGGCAUCCGCAUCGGCAACACGCAUACAGAUCAAAGAUGCGCCCUCGUCGGGACAUCGCAACUGGAUGAUCGGCCUGUGCUUUCGCAGCCAAAAGAACAAAUGUGUGAUGCCUGGCGCUCAAGUGUCGCAGCAAAUAUUUAUGACGUCACAGUUGCCUGCGCUGACAACGAUAGCAACAACAACAACAACGGCAAGCACAACAACACCAACAGCAGCAACAACAACGACGACGCCAACCGUUACAGCUCUUACUACAACAACAACUGCAUCGGCAAUUGCAGCAGCCGCUGCCGCCGCCGCCGCCGCAGCAACCGCAGCAGCCACAACACUACUACAGAAUAAAAAGCAAACGCCGAAAGCUUAAUAUUUGCAUACGUACAUAAAUGCGAUCACACUUCUCUAUUCUCGCUCUCGCCCACUCUCUAUGUCUAUUUUCUUCUCUUUCGCUCUCUGUCUCAUUCGUAGCUUAGCAUCUUAAGCUUAAGCUAAAGCUUUUAAGCCGCGCAAAUUGUACUACAAGAAAACUCGAAACUGAAACUUGUGCACUUUUUAAAUACAUGCAUACAUAUGUGUGUGUACAUGUGUAUGUGAAUGUCUUGAUAUGUGUGUAAUAAUAUUAUAUAUACAUAAAUGUAUACAUAUGUUUUUUUUUAUAUUUAUCUACUUACAUGUAAUUGCAAAUCAAAAAGAAAACAUAAUGUUUAAACUAAAUUGAAAUUACACAUAAAUUGAUUCGCAAAAUAAAAAAACAAACAAUUUUUUUUUUAUGUAUGUAUGCACGAAAAUUGCAAGACAGAAAACUAUUAAUUGUACAGAUGCGUAUAUACAUAUAUAUUCAGAUGAACAUACCACAUACUUGUGUCGUUAUAUUCAUAUACAACAAAAACAAAAACAACAAAAAAAAAGAAAAACAUUCGUACUUAUAGAGCAAUUAUAUUUACACAUGCCAUCCACAUUUAAUCGACACAUGCCAAGGAAACUGAUCAAUCACAAACAAAUGCUAAAUAACGGUCCGAUAUUUGAAGUCUAGCGUUGCCAGACUGUUUGGUUGAAAACACAGCAAACUAAAACAGGAGUGUGACUGUCAUCUCUCCUUUUCUCACAGACGCAAGUACCUGAAGUAAUUUCGUCACACACACAAACACACACUGACAAACACG